AUGGCAGCCCAGGAAGAAGGGACUGUGCUGAGUCUGAGUCCCUCGGAGCAGGAGGACGAGGAGGACGAGGAGGCGGCGGCGGCACGGAGAGCGCAGCGUUUCAUCCUGGACCCUCGUGUGCGCUUCCUGGGCGGCCGCCUGCGCCAGGCUCUGGCGCUCCCAGAGGAGACGUGGAGCCAGUACCUGGAGAGCGAAGACCACCGGCAGACCCUUGGGGACUUUCUGGAGAGCACAGGUCCGGCCAGCCUGGUGUUCAGUGUCGCAGAUGCAGGGCGGCUCUCGGCUUCCCUCGAGAUUCCAAGAGGUGUGAAACACAAGCUGGUUUACCUUGCCAGGAAGACUGAAAACGGGAGAGAAAGUGAUUUCUCCCGAGCAAUCUUAUUUGGAGAACUACCUUGGUCAUUGCUCACAUAUGUAACUGCCUUCCUAGAUGAGAUAUUAGUCCCUAUUCUUUCUAAUAAGAACAACCAUAAAUCCUGGUCAUGUUUUAUUUCACAAGAUAUGGAACAUCACCUAGAAGUCAUGAAAAAUAAGAUGCAUGUUUUUAGGGGCAAACUGUCAAGAAGAACUCUUCUACCAGUUCCCACAAUUGCAGAAAAUAUUGACCUAGAUCAGCAUUACUCGGUGACCAGGCUACAAUCAGAUGAGAGGAGAAUACUACAUGCCAUUGAAUCGAUAGUCAUUAAAUGGUCGCAUCAGAUCCAAGAAAUUAUACAAAAGGACUCAGCACAGCCUCUGCUGAGUGGCCUCCACCCGACUCCUGAGACAGAGCUGGACUUCUGGACUGUGAGGCAUGAAAACCUGACAUGCAUAUAUGGUCAACUUCAGGCUCCUAUUGUCCUCAAGAUGGUUAAGAUACUGACAGCAAGACAAAGCAGCUACUUUCCUACUCUGAAUGUUAUCUUCACCACUGUGGAAAAUGCUCUUCUUGAAGCCCAGGAUGUGGAACUUCACCUGAGCCCUCUGAGGAGGCACAUUCACGGUCUCCAGGAGGCGGAGUUCCCGCAGACCCGAAUACUAAUUGCCCCGUUGUUCCACACCAUCUGUCUUAUCUGGAGUCAUUCCAAGUUUUAUAACACCCCAGCUCGCAUUAUAGUUUUACUACAAGAAUUCUGUAACCUCUUCAUUGACCAGGCAAGAACGUACCUGUCACCUGAAGACCUUUUGAAGGGAGAAAUCGAAGACGCACUGGAAAAGGUGCAGGUGGCCAUCGGUAUCUUAAAGACCUUCCAAAAUUCUUUUUUCAAGUCUAGAAAACGAUUGACAAGCUACUUCACAGGAAACACGGAGCAGAGGCCUUGGGAUUUCCAGUCUCAACUGGUGUUUGGCAGAUUUAACAACUUUCUUGCUCGGCUGAUAAAAAUAGAGGAUGUGUUCAUCACCAUACUGGAAUUUGAAAAACUGGAAAGACUGGAGUUUGGUGGCACCAAGGGAGCAAUCCUAAAUGCACAAAUACAUGGGAUGAGCGAAGAAUUCAUGGAAUGCUGUAAAGUUUUCCAACAGAGCGUUUACGACCCAUCUGACUGCGACGACAUGGGGUUUGAAGGUGACUAUUUCAAAUUUAAGUCUAAAACCCUGGAUUUUGACAGACAGCUUGGGACACUGCUCUGUGAAGGUCUCUGUAACUGCACUGGUUUGGAAUCUGCAUUUAAGCUUUUGACCAUAUUUGGGAAUUUUCUAGAGAAACCAGUUGUCAUGGAAAUUUUCAGCCCACAUUACAGCACAUUGCUGAAUAUGUUUAAUACAGAAUUGGAUGUGUGUAAGCAACUGUAUGAUGACCACAUGAAGCAGGUUGAACAUGGGCAUGAAAUUCUCAACAAGAAUAUGCCAUUCACCUCUGGAAAUAUUAAAUGGGCCAGAAUGCUCCUUGAACGCCUUCAAAUAUUUUGGUCAAACUUUACAUCUCUCCAUUAUCUAUUUCCAGACAGUCCUGAUGAGACUGCAGUCUGUCAGAAGUACACUGAAAUGACCAGUUUGCUGGAUCAGUUUGAAAGUCAUGUCUAUAGCGAAUGGAGAAGAACUGUGGAUGAAACUUGUGAAUUUAAUUUGAACCAGCCUCUGGUUAAAUUCAGUGCCAUCAACGGCCUUCUUAGUGUCAACUUUGACCCAAAGCUUGUGGCGGUGUUGAGAGACGUCAAAUACCUUUUGAUGCUGAAGAAAUCUGACAUACCAGAAUCAGCUUUAGGCAUUUUCCAGAAAAGGAACACUAUUUUAAAGCACAUUGGGAAUCUUGAGCUCCUAGUCCAAGGCUACAAUAAACUGAAACAGAACCUUCUAGAAGUCGAAUACCCUCUCAUUGAGGGUGAGCUCAGAGCUAUUGAUGAGCAGCUCAAGGUGGCUGCAACAUUGCUGACAUGGCAGGAUGACUUCUGGGUGUACAUGGAGAGGGUGCAAGUGGCCACGGCUGAGCUGGAGCACAGAGUGGCACAGACUCAGAGCAACAUGGGAACAAUCCAGCAAACCAUGCAGGCCUGGGCAGAGUGGCCACUGCUGCCCCGGAGGGAGCCCAGAAGAGAGGCUGCCUUCACCUUGGAAGACAAGGGGGACCUGUUUGCUAAGAAGUACAAGCUCAUCCAAGAAGACGGCUACAAGAUACACAACUUGGUAGAGGAGAACCGGAAGCUCUUCAGAGCCGAUCCUUCUCUGGACUCCUGGAAAAUUUAUGUGGAGUUCAUUGACGACAUCGUGGUGGAAGGCUUUUUUCAGGCCAUCUUGCAUGACCUGGACUUCUUCCUGAUGAACACAGAGAGACAGUUAAAACCUGCACCAUUUUUUCAAGUACAGAUGCUCUUAAUGCCUCCUGAGAUUGUGUUUAAGCCCCCUUUAGAAAGAGAUGCUGGGGAUGGCUUCUAUGAUCUGGUGGAGGAGAUGUUGUGUGGCAGCUUCAGAAUGUCUGCCCAAAUGGAGCGCGUGGCAGCACACCUGGAUAUCACAAACUACCAGAACGACAUGGACAACAUGUUAGGCCUGGCUGAGGUCCGGCAGGAGAUAAUGAACAGAGUGGCUGAUGUCAUCAACAAAGUCUUGGAGUUCAAAAGUUCUCUGGAGACCUACUCAUACCUCUGGGUGGAUGACCGGGUAGAGAUUCUGAAGCAGUUUCUCCUGUAUGGCCAUGCUGCACCAUCCGAGGAAAUAGAGGCACACGCAAGUGAAGAGAUCCUGCAACCACCAACUCUAGAACAAUUCAAAGAGCAGAUAGACAUUUAUGAGGCUCUGUAUGUUCAGAUGAGCAAGUUUGAUGACUUCCGAGUGUUUAAUGGUUGGCUCAAGGUAGACAUGAAGCCUUUCAAGCUGAGCUUGCUCAACGUGAUCAAAAAGUGGAGUUGGCUAUUUCAAGAACAUCUGCUAAGAUUUGUCACUGACAGUCUGAAUGAGCUGCAAGGGUUCAUCAAGCAGACGGAUGCAGGUCUUCAGAGACAGCUGAGUGAAGGCGAUUACAAUGGCUUAGUUGACAUCAUGGGCCAUCUUCUGGCUGUGCGAAGCCGGCAGAGAGCUACAGAUAAGCUCUUUGACCCUCUGAAAGAAACCAUCAUGUUGUUGGAAAGCUAUGGUCAGAAGAUGCCCGAGCAAGUCUAUGCCCAGCUGGAGGAAUUACCUGAAAGAUGGGAGACCACCAAGAAGAUCGCAGCCACAGUCAGACAUGAAGUAUCCCCACUCCAAAAUGCGGAGGUCACUCUUAUCAGGAAAAAAUGUAUUUUGUUUGAUGAAAAGCAAGCAGAAUUUAGAGAGAGAUUCAGAAACUAUGCCCCACUUGGAUUUAGAGCAGAAAAUCCAUACGAAGUGCUUGAUAAGGCACAUCGGGAACUGGAGACUUUGGAGGAAGAGAUGGGUCAGAUGCAAGACUGUGCACGUCUCUUUGAGGUGGCUCUUCCCGAGUACAAACAAAUGAAGCAGUGCCGCAGUGAAAUCCGGCUGCUCAAGGGACUCUGGGAUGUCAUCAUUUACAUUAGAAGAAGCAUUGACAACUGGACAAAAACCCAGUGGAGACGGAUCAAUGUGGAACAGAUGGAUGCAGAACUCAGGAGGUUUGCCAAGGAAAUUUGGUCACUGGACAAGGCCGUCCGUAGCUGGGAUGCAUAUUCCGGCCUGGAGGGCACUGUGAAGGACAUGGCAACCUCACUGAGAGCCAUCGCAGAGUUGCAGAGCCCUGCUCUCAGGGACAGGCAUUGGCAGCAGCUGAUGGAGACCAUAGGGGUCAGAUUUUCAAUAAGUGAUGCCACAACAUUGGCAGACUUGCUGGCAUUGCAGUUGCACAGAGUUGAAGAAGACGUGAGAGACAUAGUGGACCAGGCCGUGAAGGAGCUGGGCAUUGAGAAGGUUAUUACUGAAGUCAGCCACACCUGGGAGACCCUGGAAUUUUCUUAUGAAACUCACCAUCGAACAGGCACUCCACUGCUGAAGUCUGACGAACAGCUUUUUGAAACACUAGAGCACAACCAGGUUCAGUUGCAGACUCUUCUUCAAAGCAAGUAUGUGGAAUACUUCAUUGAGCAAGUCCUAAGCUGGCAAAACAAGUUAAACAUAGCCGAUGCAGUCAUCUUUACCUGGAUGGAAGUCCAGCGAACCUGGUCUCACUUGGAAAACAUCUUUGUUUGUUCAGAAGAUAUUCGAACCCAGCUCGUGGAAGAUUCCAGAAGAUUUGAUGGAGUAGAUGCUGAAUUUAAGGAGUUAAUGUUCAAGACAGCCAAAAUAAAAAAUGUCUUAGAAGCAACAUGCAGACCCCACCUGUAUGAGAGACUGAAAGAUUUUCAGAGCAGGCUUUCCCUCUGUGAAAAAGCCCUGGCCGAGUACCUGGAAACCAAGCGUGUCACUUUCCCUCGCUUCUACUUCAUCUCCUCGGCUGACUUGCUGGACAUUCUCUCCAAGGGAGCCCAGCCGAAGCAGGUAACACGCCACCUCAUCAAACUCUUUGACAACAUCUUGGACCUGCAGUUUGAAGAUAAUCCAGAAGUCCUCUCACACAAAGCAAUUGGAAUGUUCAGCAAAGAAAAGGAGUAUGUCCUGUUCCAGGCCGGGUGUGAAUGCAUAGGCCAUGUGGAGAGCUGGCUCCUGCAACUUGAACAGACUAUGAAGGAAACAGUGCGCCAGGCGAUUGCUGAAGCCAUCGCGGCCUAUGAGGAAAAACCUAGAGAGCUGUGGAUCUUGGACUUCCCGGCGCAGGUGGCGCUAACUGUCUCUCAGAUAUGGUGGACCACAGAUGUAGGAAUUGCCUUCAGUCGGCUGGAGGAAGGUUAUGAAACAGCCCUAAAGGAUUUCCAUAAGAAACAGAUCUCACAGCUGAAUACACUGAUCACACUUCUUCUGGGAGACCUUUCACCUGGAGACCGGCAGAAGAUCAUGACCAUCUGCACUAUUGAUGUCCACGCCAGGGACGUGGUGGCAAAACUGAUUUCUCAGAAGGUUGUCAGUCCCCGUGCUUUUGCCUGGCUGUCUCAACUUCGGCACCAGUGGGAGGAUGCUCAGAAGCACUGCUUUGUCAGCAUUUGUGAUGCCCAUUUCCAGUACUUCUACGAAUACUUGGGAAACAGUCCCCGACUGGUGAUCACUCCUCUCACUGACAGGUGUUACAUCACUUUAACGCAAUCUCUUCAUCUGACCAUGAGCGGGGCUCCAGCCGGCCCAGCUGGAACAGGGAAAACAGAAACCACCAAAGACCUUGGUCGUGCCCUGGGCAUGAUGGUCUAUGUAUUCAACUGUUCAGAGCAAAUGGACUACAGGUCCAUAGGAAACAUCUACAAGGGUCUGGUGCAGACGGGAGCCUGGGGCUGCUUCGACGAAGUAUCUAAGUCCCUGGAAGUCCUGAGCAUCUGCUACGGGGAAGAAAAGCUUCCCAUAUUAUUUGUAUUUCUUGGAGAGACUAUCCCGCUGAAGCCGUCGGUUGGAAUAUUUAUUACUAUGAACCCAGGGUAUGCUGGCCGAACUGAAUUACCAGAAAAUCUCAAAGCUCUGUUCAGACCCUGUGCCAUGGUGGCCCCUGACAUUGAGCUGAUCUGUGAAAUCAUGUUAGUGGCAGAAGGGUUUGUGGAUGCACGAUCAUUGGCCCGGAAGUUCAUUUCAUUGUACACACUCUGUGAGGAGCUCCUGUCCAAGCAGGAUCACUACGAUUGGGGACUUCGUGCUGUGAAGUCUGUCUUGGUUGUAGCUGGCUCCCUGAAACGAGGAGACAAAAAUAGACCCGAAGACCAGGUGCUCAUGAGAGCUUUAAGAGACUUCAAUAUGCCUAAAAUCGUGACUGAUGAUGUCCCAGUGUUUCUGGGCCUGGUUGGCGACCUGUUUCCAGCCCUGGAUGUGCCUCGGCAGAAGAAACCACACUUUGAGCAGAUGGUCAAGCGGUCCACCCUGGAACUCCGCCUGCAGCCUGAAGAAAGCUUCACCCUCAAAGUUGUCCAGCUUGAAGAGCUCCUGGCUGUGCGACACUCCAUCUUUGUGGUUGGAAAUGCAGGCACAGGGAAGAGUAAGAUUUUGAGAACACUGAACAGAACAUAUGUUAAUAUGAAACAGAAACCCAUUUGGAGUGACUUAAAUCCCAAGGCUGUGACAACAGAUGAACUCUUUGGUUUCAUACAUCAUGCUACCCGAGAAUGGAAAGACGGUAUCCUCUCAUCCAUUCUGCGAGAGCAAGCAAAUCUCAGGCAUGACGGGCCAACCUGGAUUGUCCUGGAUGGGGACAUUGACCCCCUGUGGAUCGAAUCCCUGAACACAGUCAUGGAUGAUAACAAGGUGCUGACCCUCGCCAGCAAUGAGCGAGUAGCCCUCACAUCCUCCAUGAGGCUUCUGUUUGAGACCCAUCACCUGAGGACAGCCACCCCAGCCACUGUCUCCAGAGCUGGCAUUCUGUAUGUGAACCCACAGGAUCUGGGCUGGAAUCCGUAUGUGGCCAGUUGGAUAGACAGAAGACGGCAUCAAUCAGAAAAGGCCAAUUUAACUAUUCUUUUUGAUAAAUACAUUCCCGUGUGCUUGGAGAAGCUAAGAACCAGCUUUAAAUCCAUCACUUCUGUUCCAGAGAGCAGCCUGGUGCAGACUAUUUGUACUCUUUUGGAAUGUUUGCUGACUCCCGAGAAUGUACCUUCUGACAGCCCCAAAGAAGCCUACGAACUCUAUUUUGUCUUUGCUUGUGUCUGGGCAUUUGGAGGCACUCUGCUCCGAGAUCAACUUUCUGAUUAUCAAGCCGACUUCAGUCGGUGGUGGCAUAAAGAAAUGAAAUCGGUGAAGUUUCCAUCCCAGGGAACCAUCUUUGAUUAUUACCUGGACCACAAAACUAAGAAAUUCUUGCCUUGGACUGACAAGGUGCCUCCACUCACCAUGGAUGUCGACCUGCCCCUGAAGACACUUCUGGUACACACACCAGAGACAACUCGUCUUAGAUAUUUUACUGAGUUGCUGCUGGAGAAAGGCAAACCGCUAAUGCUAGUUGGAAAUGCAGGAGUGGGGAAAACAGUCUUUUUGAGCAACACCAUGGCAAGUCUGUCUGAGGACUACAUAGUGUCCCGUGUGCCUUUCAACUACUACACGACAUCUGCAAUGCUGCAGAGAAUUCUUGAAAAACCUCUAGAGAAAAAAGCUGGUCGUAACUAUGGUCCAAGAGGAAAUAAAAAACUGGUUUAUUUCAUUGAUGAUCUGAACAUGCCUGAAGUGGACUGCUACGGCACUGUCCAGCCUCAUGCAUUGCUUCGACAGCAUAUUGACUAUGGGCAUUGGUAUGAUCGACAGAAGGUGAUGCUCAAGGAAAUCCGAAGCUGCCAGUACGUGGCCUGCAUGAAUCCCAUGGUGGGCAGCUUCAGCAUCAACCCAAGGCUGCAGAGACAUUUCACAGUGUUUGCAUUCAACUUUCCAUCACUAGAAGCACUGACAACCAUCUAUGGUCAGAUCUUCAGCUUCCAUCUCCAGCAGCAAGCAUUCUGCCCAUCAGUUCUCAGGACUGGCCCCUCUUUGAUCCAGGCGACAAUAGCAUUCCAUCGGAUGAUGGCAGAGAGCUUUGUACCCACGGCUAUUAAAUUCCACUACAUUUUUAAUCUGAGAGACCUAUCAAACAUCUUCCAGGGGAUUUUGUUCGCUUCUCCUGAGUGUUUAAAAUGCCCAGAAGAUUUAAUAUGCCUGUGGCUUCAUGAAUCAUCCCGUGUUUACGGCGACAAACUGAUAGACACAAAUGACUGUGACUUGUUUCAGAGGAAACUGCUGGAAGCUGCCCACAAGCACUUUAAAGGUGCUGACAAUAGUGUGCUGGUGCAGCAGCCUCUUAUUUAUUGCCACUUUGCCCAUGGUGAGAAAGACCCAUGUUACAUGCCAGUGAAAGACUGGGAAGGGCUGAAGGCAAUUCUUAGAGAAAUGGUAGACAACUACAAUGAGCUCCACUCUGCGAUGCACCUGGUGCUGUUUGAAGAUGCCAUGCAACACGUGUGUCGAAUCAGCCGAAUUCUUCGGACCCCUCAAGGCCAUGCUCUCUUGGUUGGCGUUGGGGGCAGCGGCAAGCAGAGCCUGUCACGGCUGGCAGCUUACAUCUGCAGCCUGGAGGUCUUUCAGAUCACUCUGACUGAAGGCUAUGGGACCCAAGAGCUUCGGGUAGAUCUGGCCAAUUUGUGCAUCAGAACCGGAGCCAAGAACAUGCCCACCGUGUUCCUGCUGACAGAUGCCCACGUUCUAGACGAGAGCUUCCUGGUGCUGAUUAAUGACUUGCUGGCAUCGGGUGACAUCUCAGAUCUGUUCAGUGAUGAAGAUGUAGACAAGAUAGCUUCUGGGAUUCGGAAUGACGUUCGUGGUCUCGGCAUGGUGGACUCCAGGGAAAACUGCUGGGCGUUCUUUUUGGCCAGAGUCCAACUACAGCUCAAAAUGGUGUUUUGUUUCUCACCAGUUGGUCACACCCUGCGAGUUAGAGCCCGGAAGUUCCCAGCCAUAGUUAACUGCACAACUAUUGACUGGUUCCAUGCAUGGCCACAGGAGGCUCUGGUCUCAGUUAGCAGGAGGUUCAUUGAAGAAAUAGAGGGGCUUGAGCCACAGCACAAAGAUUCCAUUAGCCUUUUCAUGGCGCAUGUUCACACCAGCAUAAGGGAAAUGAGUGCCUGCUAUUACCAGAAUGAGAGAAGAUACAACUACACUACCCCAAAGAGUUUCCUAGAACAGAUAUCCCUGUUUAAGAGCCUGCUGAAGAAGAAGAGAGAAGAGACACACCAGAGGAAGGAACACCUGGGGAAUGGCAUCCAGAAACUACAAACCACGGCCUCACAGGUGGGGGAUCUGAAAGCCAGGUUGGCCUCUCAAGAAGCCGAGCUCCAGCUCAGAAAUCAUGACGCCGAAGCUCUGAUCACAAAGAUCGGGCUUCAGACGGAGAAAGUGAGCCGGGAAAAGGCCAUCGCCGACGCGGAGGAGCGAAAGGUGGCUGCCAUUCAAACUGAAGUAUCCCAGAAGCAGAGGGAGUGUGAGGCUGACUUACUCAAGGCUGAGCCUGCACUGGUGGCUGCUAAGGCUGCACUCAACACACUCAACAGGGUGAACCUCACCGAGCUGAAAACCUUCCCCAAUCCCCCAAAUGCUGUUACCAAUGUAACUGCUGCUGUGAUGGUUCUUCUGGCUCCUCGAGGCAGAGUGCCAAAAGACAGAAGUUGGAAAGCAGCUAAAAUCUUCAUGGGAAAGGUUGACGACUUCCUACAAGCGCUAAUUAACUACGAUAAAGAGCACAUUCCAGAAAACUGUCUGAAAGUAGUGAAUGAACAGUACUUGAAAGACCCAGAGUUUAAUCCAAACCUGAUUCGGACCAAAUCUUUUGCAGCUGCUGGUCUCUGUGCCUGGGUCAUCAACAUCAUCAAGUUUUAUGAGGUUUACUGCGAUGUGGAGCCCAAACGCCAGGCAUUGGCCCAAACAAACUCAGAUCUGGCUGCAGCUACAGAAAAGCUAGAGGCUAUCAGAAGGAAGCUUGUGGAUCUGGAUCAGAAUCUGAGCAAGCUUACAGCUUCAUUUCAAAAGGCAACAGCUGAAAAGGUCCGGUGUCAGGAAGAGGUGAAUCAAACCAAUAAGACCAUCGACCUGGCCAACAGACUUGUGAGCGAGCUUGAGUCAGAGAAGAUUCGAUGGGGUCAGUCCAUUAAGUCCUUCGAAACUCAAGAGAAGACACUGUGUGGAGAUGUGUUGCUUACAGCAGCAUUUGUGUCUUACAUCGGGCCCUUCACAAGACAGUAUCGCCGGGAACUGGUGGACUGCAAGUGGGUUCCGUUUCUUCAGCAGAAGGUCUCCCUCCCAAUAACAGAAGGCCUGGACUUGAUUGCCAUGUUGACAGAUGACACUACAAUUGCCACCUGGAAUAACGAAGGGCUACCCAAUGACAGGAUGUCAACUGAAAAUGCCACCAUUCUAACACACUGUGAGCGCUGGCCCUUGAUGAUAGAUCCUCAGCAACAGGGAAUUAAGUGGAUCAAGAAUAAGUAUGGGCCUGAACUGAAAGUCACACACUUGGGCCAGAAAGGGUUUUUAAAUGCCAUUGAGACAGCCCUGGCCUUUGGUGACAUCAUCCUAAUUGAAAACCUCAAGGAAACAAUGGAUCCAGUCCUUGAUUCUCUGCUUGGCAGGAACACCAUUAAGAAAGGGAAGUUCAUCAGGAUUGGUGACAAAGAAUGCGAAUUUAACAAGAACUUCCGUCUCAUCCUACACACCAAACUGGCAAAUCCCCACUACAAGCCAGAGCUGCAAGCCCAGACGACCCUCCUCAAUUUCACAGUCACCGAAGAUGGUCUCGAAGCCCAGCUGCUGGCAGAGGUGGUCAGUGUCGAAAGGCCAGAUUUGGAGAGGCUAAAGCUGGCACUGACCAAGCACCAAAAUGACUUUAAGAUAGAGCUGACACAGCUUGAGAACGACCUGCUCCUGCGCCUCUCUGCCGCAGAGGGGAGCUUCCUGGAUGACACUGAGCUGGUUGAGCGCCUGGAGACCACCAAGGCCACUGCUGCAGAGAUAGAACACAAGGUGUUACAAGCCAGGGAAAAUGAAGGAAAAAUCAACGAGACCAGAGAAUGCUACAGGCCAGUGGCAGCCAGAGCCUCUCUUCUAUACUUUGUUAUUAACGACCUCAGGAAGAUCAACCCAAUCUACCAGUUCUCUUUGAAGGCUUUCAACACACUGUUCCACAGAGCCAUUGAACAGGCUGACAAGGUGGAGGAUACUCAGGAUCGAAUUUGCGUCCUAAUAGAGAGCAUCACCCAUGCCACCUUCCUCUACGCCAGCCAAGCGCUGUUUGAGAAAGACAAGCUCACAUUCCUGUCCCAGAUGGCUUUUCAGAUUUUGUUGAGAAGGAAUGAGAUCGACCCCCUGGAGUUGGAUUUCCUGCUUCGGUUCACAGUUGAACACACUUAUGCAAGUCCUGUUGAUUUUCUAACCACUCAGUCAUGGAGUGCUCUCAAGGCAGUUGCCCUCAUGGAAGAAUUCCGAGGCCUAGACAGGGACGUGGAAGGAUCUGCCAAGCAGUGGAGGAAAUGGGUAGAGUCGGAGUGUCCGGAAAAAGAGACGUUACCGCAAGAAUGGAAGAAGAAAAGUUUAGUGCAGAAGCUGAUUAUUCUGAGAGCCCUGAGACCCGACAGGAUGACGUAUGCCCUGAGAAAUUUUGUAGAAGAGAAGCUAGGUGCAAAGUAUGUGGAGAGGACGAGGCUGGAUCUGGCUAAAGCAUGUGAAGAAAGCAAUCCCGCCACCCCAGUGUUCUUCAUCCUGUCUCCAGGUGUUGAUGCCCUUAAAGACCUAGAGGUGCUUGGCAAAAGACUUGGGUUUACAAGUGACUCUGGGAAAUUCCACAAUGUGUCUCUAGGGCAGGGUCAGGAGCUGGUGGCAGAAACGGCACUGGAGAAGGCUGCCACUGGAGGGCAUUGGGUCAUCCUUCAGAAUGUCCAUCUGGUGGCCAAGUGGCUGGGAACCUUGGAGAAACUCCUUGAAAAAUUCAGCCAAGGGAGUCACAGAGAUUACAGGGUGUUCAUGAGUGCAGAGGCUGCACCUUCCCCGCAGGAGCACAUCAUCCCUCAAGGCCUCCUGGAAAAUUCCAUCAAGAUCACUAAUGAGCCCCCCACAGGAAUGCUGGCCAGCUUGCAUGCCGCUCUGUGCAACUUUGACCAGGACACGCUUGAGAUGUGCUCCAAGGAUCAGGAGUUUAAAAGCAUCCUCUUUUCCCUGUGCUACUUCCAUGCCUGUGUGGCAGGGAGACUGAGGUUUGGCCCCCAGGGCUGGAGCCGAAGCUAUCCUUUCAAUCCAGGGGACCUAGUCAUCUGUGCCAACAUCCUCUACAACUACUUAGAGGCCAGCCCUAAUGUCCCGUGGGAAGACCUUCGUUACCUCUUUGGGGAGAUCAUGUAUGGGGGCCACAUCACAGACGCCUGGGAUCGUAAGCUGUGCCGGGUGUAUCUAGAGGAAUUCAUGAAUCCAUCUCUGAUUGAAGAUGAACUCAUGCUGGCACCAGGGUUUGCAGCCCCACCCUACCUAGAUUAUUCUGGUUACCACCAGUACAUAGAGGAUAAGUUGCCUCCAGAAAGCCCAGUGCUGUACGGUCUUCACCCCAAUGCUGAAAUAGAGUUCCUGACAGUGACAUCCAACACACUCUUCAGAACACUACUGGAGAUGCAACCCAGGAAUGUAGUCAGCAGUGAGGAACUGGGGCAGUCUACAGAAGACAAGGUUAAGAAUAUCUUGGAUGACAUUUUGGAGAGACUUCCAGAAGAGUUCAACAUGGCAGAGAUAAUGCAAAAGAACCUGAACCGCAGCCCGUAUGUUCUUGUUUGCUUCCAAGAGUGUGAGAGGAUGAAUGUUCUCAUCCGGGAAAUCCGUGUUUCACUUCAACAAUUAGACCUUGGUUUAAAGGGAGAGCUGACAUUAUCUCCAGAUGUGGAAGCCCAGCUGUCUGCCCUGAGUUACGACCGGGUUCCAGACACUUGGAAUAAACUGGCUUACCCGUCUACAUACGGUCUGGCCCAGUGGUUUAAUGACCUCCUCUUGCGAUGCCGAGAACUUGAUACCUGGACACAAGACCUCGCUCUCCCAGCUGUUGUGUGGCUUUCUGGCUUCUUCAACCCCCAGUCCUUCUUAACAGCAAUCAUGCAGACCAUGGCUCGAAAAAAUGAGUGGCCACUGGACAGAAUGUGCCUGACUAUUGACGUGACCAAAAAAACAAAGGAAGAUUAUGGCCACCCCCCGAGAGAAGGAGCAUACAUCCAUGGGCUCCACCUGGAAGGUGCCAGGUGGGACAUCCAGUCAGGAGCCCUUGUCGAUGCCCGCCUUAAGGAGUUAACAUCCACGAUGCCUGUCAUCUUUGCCAAAGCCAUAACCGUGGACAGACAGGAAACCAGGCACACCUAUGAGUGCCCCGUUUACAAAACCAAAGCAAGAGGCCUCACCUACGUGUGGACUUUCAGGCUAAAGAGCAAAGAAAAAAUAGCUAAGUGGGUGCUGGCAGGUGUGGCUUUACUGCUAGAGGCAUAA